AUGAACGUAGCCGGCUUGCUAUUACUCCUACGUUUAGCCACUGCGCUUCCGGGAGCGUUAUUAUUUUAUUUUGCUAUAAAGAAUAAUCAUGGUGCUACGGGCCAGAUGACAGCCUGGUCGUGGGUACUCACCGCGUCAAGUAUAUUUCUUAAACUAGUACUUGAAGUCGUCAAAGGCUCAAAAGACGGCCCUCCUCAUACGAUCUUGGAAGCAUCAAUUUUCGGAGCAUUCCUCUUGUCUAGCAUUGUUCUCUGGCUCAAAGCGUCGGGAGUUCGGGUUCUUAAUCCCUUUGACCGCACGACGUACUCCGUCGCUCCUGGAAUAUCCCAGAUAAUCGCCCUUUCCCUUCACAUGUUAAGCGUUGCGUUCUUCUUUGGUAGUGUUCUCGCUAUGAUAUUCUUCGCACCGGAGAAGGCGGGUGUAUUCGUGUUCCUCGUCGUGACAUGGCCUAGGCGGCCAGUAGCCGAUUCGCAGACAAUGAUUCAACUGGUCAGUAACUGGGUCUAUGAGUGGCAUACCCCAGCACAAAGCACGGACCUGCCUCUCCACGAAUCACAUGUACCACGGGUGUCAAGCGAUAACGACCGUGAAGAAGCAUAG